AUGGCGUCCGCUGCGAGAUCUGCCUCCCGCGCUUUCCUGCGCUCCACCCCCUCGGUCCGUCCGGCUGUACGCAGCGCUCGCUUUGCCCUGCCCACUCAGGCCUUCCGCGCCUCUGCUCGUCGCGGCUAUGCCUCCGAGGCUGGUGAAUCCAAGUCCUCCUCCAACACCCUUCUCUGGGCUGGUCUGGCCGCCGUCGGUGGUGCUGGCGCCUUCUUCUACCUGAACGGCGGCGACUCCGUCUCCUCCCAGAACUUCGUCCCCUCCAAGGCCGACUACCAGAAGGUGUACGACGAGAUUGCCCGCAAGCUCGCCGACGAGACCGACUAUGAUGACGGAAGCUAUGGUCCCGUGCUCGUUCGUCUCGCCUGGCACGCCAGUGGCACCUACGAUAAGGAGACCGGCACCGGUGGAAGCAACGGUGCCACCAUGAGAUUCGCCCCCGAGUCGGACCACGGCGCCAACGCUGGUCUCAAGCACGCCCGGGACUUCCUCGAGCCCAUCAAAGCCAAGUUCCCCUGGAUCUCAUACUCUGACCUCUGGACCCUGGCCGGUGCUUGCGCCAUUCAGGAGCUGGGUGGUCCCGCCAUCCCCUGGCGCCCUGGCCGUCAGGACAAGGAUGUCGCCGCCUGCACGCCGGAUGGCCGCCUCCCCGACGCCUCCAAGGACCAGCGCCACAUCCGCGACGUCUUCUACCGCAUGGGCUUCAAUGACCAGGAGAUCGUGGCUCUGAUCGGUGCCCACGCCCUCGGCCGCGCCCACCCCGACCGCUCCGGCUUCGACGGCCCCUGGGACUUCAGCCCGACCGUCUUCACCAACGAGUUCUUCCGCCUGCUCGUCGACGAGAAGUGGCAGAACCGCAAGUGGAACGGCCCCACGCAGUUCACCGACAAGACCACCAAGUCCCUGAUGAUGCUGCCCACCGACAUCGCCCUGACCAAGGACAAGGAGUUCAAGAAGCACGUUGAGCGCUACGCCAAGGACAACGAUGCCUUCUUCAAGGACUUCGCCGACGUCUAUGUCAAGCUCCUUGAGCUCGGCGUGCCCUUCACCAGCGAGGAGCGCUUCGUGUUCAAGACCUCGGAGUAG